AUGAUGGACCUCACGGAUGAUCGAGCGCAAUACCACUCCUACAGUAAUGGUCCAAGUCUAGCUCAAAACACGGCUCGAACGGUUCCAAUUAUUCAACAACCUACUCUACAAACUUCUACUACAUCUGGCGAUGCAAUGGACAUUACACCCCCGGGUACCGCGAUGAUGGGGCCUCCUUCAAGGACAAGUCCCGACAACGAAGGAAAUGGCAUACACAAUCAUAUGAAUGGGGGAGAUCAACCUAGUUCGGGCAGUUUGGCAACUCCCAGUGCAGCUGCCGCAGCUGCAGCCGGAGGAUCUGGGCCCAAAGUCGUGCAGACCGCAUUCAUUCACAAGUUAUACAAUAUGUUGGAAGAUAACACCAUCAAACAUUUGAUAUCUUGGUCCAAUACCCAGGACAGCUUUGUAAUGUCUCCAUCCAACGACUUCUCAAAAGUUCUUGCACAAUACUUCAAACAUACAAACAUCUCUUCAUUUGUCCGACAAUUGAAUAUGUACGGAUUUCACAAAGUCAGUGACGUCUUUCAUUCAGCUGCGCCAGAACAGCCGAUGUGGGAGUUCAAACACGGACAAAAUUUGUUUAAGCGCGGAAAUGUUGUCGGCUUGCGGGAAAUCAAACGACGGGCUUCGCGACAAGCCUUGGUCCACCGAGAUUCCUACUCUGCCCCCAAACCGCCGUUCUCGCAUCCUGGGACUCCGGCCGAACCGGUUCAAUCGAUACAGGAAUCAACAGAGUCGAGAUUGACACAAUUGGAACAUACUCUAUAUGAUGUGCAUGCUAGACUCGCGAGAAAUGACGAGACUUCUCAGGUUGUGAUGGAAACUUUAACUCGUUCUCUCCAGUUGAAUCAAGAAAUGUCUAGAAUGAUGCUCUCUUUAGUCAAUCCCGAAUCGCCUCUUCAUCGUGAAGCUAUCAAUAUGCAGGGUGAGAUUCAGCGACACAUUGAAACUAUCAGAGGCAUGGAAGAUCCUAACGAGCCCCAUUUCCCGAUUAAUCGUCCGUAUCUCUCAAAUUCGCCAUCGGACAAUCCUCCAUCACCACGACAAGUGCCCCAGGAUGACUCCCGUCGUUCAUCAUUCCUUGGUGUUCCCACUCGCCAGACUUUCCAUCGUCCUCCUGUUUUAUCUCAUUUAUCUCUCGGUUCUCGUCGAGGGUACGGCUCGUUUGGUGGCCCAGGUACGGCACAAUCCUCACCAAGUUCACUGAGAUCCCAAGCGCCACCACCACCCAUACCCCAACCCCACCCACUUGCUAACGUAUCAUCACCACCGGCUAACCUGACACGUCGCCACACUUCUGCUGAUAUUCGUAACGUAGACGGAUGGCAAGCGAGCUCCUCCCCUUUCGCGUCGGGCCAAUCAUCGUCGCACUACCCAUCAUCUCCCAAAAGAACGCCAACACAUAUGAUGAACGAGGACCAACGAAUGCAUGAAAGUUUCAACUCGUACUCACUUGCUGGAGCAUCGCAAGGACGUAAUAUCUCUCGCCCAACUACUCCUCCCUAUACGAAUGGAAAUACAGCAGAUCAUCUCAACAGCUGGUCGUGGGGUGGAUCCAGAGAUAAAGGAUUAUCCAAUCUCUUCAGAGAUAAUUCAGGACCCCCUACUCGACGAGGUAGUAUGGCACAUAUUUUAAAUCCAGCAGAAACGCGGGAACGCGCAGAAGAACAUGAGGAGGACAUGAAUUGGGAAGAAGAUCGCAAACGGAAACGUCUACAAUAG